AUGGAGUCUAAGGAUCCUAAUCUUAGACUAUUUUUCAAUAUGCUUGAAAAGUUGAUCAAUCCAAAUGGAAUUGGAAAUAAACAUAUCAGCUCAUUAAGAAAAGAUAUUGCAAUAUUUCUAGAUCAUUCAGAUACAUCUGAUUGA